UUAGUAAUGAGUUGAAAAACAGCUUGAACCAACCGACAGACAAGGAGAAGCAUGGGUUGGUUUCCUUGGCUUGGAAUUGAAGGGAUAUGAAUAGGUAUGGCAGUUAGAACCAACUCUCUCUUCUCUCCUUCACUCACUCACUAACGCUCACUCCAUAUCUCUCUCUCUCUCUCUCUAUAGACACACACAUUAUACACACAUCAUAGUCAUACAUACGGACAGCCGCUGGUUUAUGUUUAGACCCGGCGGCGCCGCCACCACACAGCCGUAGAAAAAGUUUCUCAGCCUAUCACCCUCACACCACUUGUUACAGCACACUCCUUCUCUCUAUCUCCACUACUCUUUAGCAACUCUCUCUCUCUCAUAAACCACUACAUCUAAAACCUAGGACUAGUUCCUUCCAAUUCAACCAUACAACUUACACUACAAGAACAAACUACCCCCUCAUUCCCUUUUUUGUAUAUUCCAUUCUUGAUUAGUUAAUAGUUAACCCAUAUCUAUCUUUCUUAUCCACACACUAAACAUUUCCUUUCUAUUUCGUUCUUUCUUCAUGGCUUUGAUGGUGGAUCAACAAUCAAAUUACAAGCACUAUUGCAAGAUCUGCAAAAAAGGAUUUGGGUGUGGAAGGGCACUAGGAGGGCAUAUGAUAAGGGGGCAUGGUAUCGGGGACGAGGGCGCAGAAAUUGAUGAAGACGACCCCGCCAGCGAUUGGGAGGACAAGCUUGAAGGCAAUGCUACAAACAAUAAGAGAAUGCAUGCGUUAAGGACCUCGAAUCCCAAUCGUUUCAAGAGUUGCAAAAUAUGUGAAAAUUGUAGUAAGGUAUUCUUGUCUUGGAAGUCCUUUCUUGAACAUGGGAAAUGCAGCUCCGAGGACGUGGAAUCCCUAGUGUCGUCGCCAGGAUCAGAUGGCAAGGAUGGCACGCCAAGGAAAGGGUUCGGAUGGUAUAAAAGGACCAAAGUGGGUGAUUUUAACUCAAAUUGCCCAUCAAGCGAAGAGGAGGAUCUUGCAAAUUGUCUGGUGAUGCUAUCGAAUGCAACUGUUGAUCCUCCAUUAACCGAGCCAGAAGAGUCGGGUGCGUCCGCUAGCAAAGAUGAGGAUCGAGGAAAUCAAAUCUCUUUCAUUGCCCCAGUUUCAUGCAGGCAGCUUGCAAUUGACAAGGCAAAAGGUGUAUUCGAGUGCAAAGCCUGCAAAAAAGUGUUCAAUUCGCACCAAGCAUUGGGUGGACACAGAGCUAGUCACAAGACAGUUAAAGGCUGUUUUGCAACUCUGCUCGAUCACAGCCUCCACGGUGGUCUGGCCGACGACGACGAUGUCAUUACACAAGGAGAGCUUUUUCCAACUAAAUCCCCUUCAACAUUGCGAUUCGACCAUGGAAUUACAAGCUCUAGUAAUCCAAUCUCAUCAAGUUCUAGAAAAAAAUCAAAAGUACACGAAUGUUCAAUAUGUCAUCGUGUGUUUUCAUCAGGACAAGCACUUGGUGGGCAUAAGAGAUGUCAUUGGAUUACUUCAAACUCCCAAAACGCCUCCUCUCUACCUAAAUUUCAUCAGGAUCACAACUCCAACCCGCUUAUCGGUCUCACUCUGGAUCUCAACCUUCCGGCUCCAGCUGAUGACCCGAAUGGAAUCUGGCGCGACCCGGCAAGUUAUGGAGUGUCUACUGAGAUUUAUUUGAAGUCUUGGACUAAGGAUUGUGAUGGUUUAACGCAGAAUAAUGAUGUCGUUGUUGAUGCCAACGAGACAGACAGUGAGGUGAAGUUGGCAAAGCUAAGUGAACUAAAGGAUAUGAACACAAGUGGAAGUUCAUCUCCAUGGUUGCAGGUGGGGAUUGGUUCAACUACUAAUGUUGGUGCUGACGCUUAAUUGUUUCGUGCAAAAACGUAUAGAUUUUUUGACAAAAAACCUAGUAAUUCUUUGUUGUUGUUGAUGUACGUAAUUAUUGGGGGAUCAAAUUGUCAUGAAUA